GGCCUAGACAAGGGCAGCUAGAUUGGAUUUGAGGUCGCGCCACCUGCGCCAGAUCGUCACAGCACUGCUCACCCAACCUUCCAUCCUCCACCUCAAUCAAUAGAUAAAUCCUCGACCUCCUCCAAUUCUUCCUCUCGCCCACAUUUUUUAUAUCUUCCCGUCUCACCACCUCAUUAUCUCUCAACUGUCUAUCUACAACCGUCACAGUGACACCAUCUCUUCCCAUCGGCAACUGUUUAUCUACCAAUUCAGGAUUGCAUCGUGCAAACAUAAAACACCUACACCAUGGACAACCGAGACACAACCCCCAGCUCGUCCAAGGCCCCCGAGCUCAACGGACAACACGGUUUUAGGCCCCAGGCCAACAUGACCGUGCAGCCUCCCCGCCAGGAGGAUCUGCAGAGGAGUUAUGCCAGCGUUGUUGGAAACGAUGCGAACCCGAAGGGAUGGUACGGAAGCAUGAUCAACAGCCUUGGCGCCGUCAUUGGUACCUGUGGCGCUAUUCCGUGCUGCAUCUGUUGUCCCAACCCUUACAAGAACGUGAAUCAGGGCAAUGUCGGUCUCGUCACGAAGUUUGGUCGUUUCUACAAGGCGGUCGACCCUGGUCUGGUCAAGAUUAACCCCCUGUCCGAGCGCCUGAUCCAGGUCGACGUCAAGAUUCAGAUCGUCGAGGUUCCCAAGCAGGUCUGCAUGACCAAGGACAAUGUCACCCUCCACCUGACGUCUGUUAUCUACUACCACAUUGUCAGCCCGCACAAGGCCGCCUUCGGCAUCGCCAACGUCCGCCAGGCUCUCAUCGAGCGUACUCAGACCACUCUACGCCACGUCGUUGGUGCUCGCAUCCUGCAGGACGUUAUUGAGCGCCGUGAGGAGAUUGCCCAGUCCAUUGGCGAGAUCAUCGAGGACGUCGCUGCCGGCUGGGGUGUACAGGUCGAGAGCAUGCUCAUCAAGGAUAUCGUCUUCAGCCAGGAGCUCCAGGAGUCGCUGUCCAUGGCCGCCCAGAGCAAGCGGAUUGGUGAGAGCAAGAUCAUUGCCGCCAAGGCUGAGGUUGAGAGCGCCAAGCUUAUGCGCCAGGCCGCCGAUAUUCUGUCCUCUGCGCCUGCCAUGCAGAUCCGCUACCUGGAGGCGAUGCAGGCUAUGGCUAAGAGUGCUAAUUCCAAGGUCAUCUUCCUGCCUGCGCAGAAUACUUCCACCAUGAGUGGCCUGUCGGCUCCGUACAUCAGCAACAAGGACCAGGAAGAAAUUGGAGAAGGCAGCAACUUCAGGGACUUCGGAGGUCAGGAUCCCGGCUUGCAACAAGCCAUCAACGCUCGCGUUGUCGAGAGCAUCUAGAUUCCUCUUUCCUCCUUUUCAUACUCCGCUAUGACUGGUUGAAGGGCUGUCCAGUUGUGCUGACUUGAAGUCUUUUUUCGGUUGCCCGGCCCCUUGCAGGCUGGUCAACAUGAUCCUGCACCGUCUUUCUGAGGCCCCUUUUAGGGGUUCCCACAGAGCCAGGGACGAGAAAGGGUAAUGGCAGCUCACUGAGAGAUAGGAUUCCUGGUGGCGAUGAUUGUACGAUAUGAGUGAUACUGCUCGGGCCAGUUUGGCAAAGCGGGAGGAUUCCCUUGGACUGGAUAACGAGAUACCACAGAUGGAUGGAACGAGCCCUUCGGGGGCAAAGGUUGCUCUUCUGCCGACAUGGAUACCCAAAAUACCUUCUUUGAUUUUCUCUGAUCGUCUUCGUUGUUUUAUCAUGAUUGGUUUCAGGCCAGACAAGGGGGGGAACACCGGGAUUGAGUUGUUACUGGUCUGAGGCUUGCGCUCUUGCAUUCUAAUUUUGAUAGUUGAUGAAUAUUACGACAUUCGUUUACUUUAGCUCUUGUCAGUCUGCGAACUCGCCCUCGUUCUAGCAGUGUCGAAAUAUAACACUCGUGA